GAGCAUUGAUAUUCCAAACAGAACUCAACGACCAACACAGAGGUUUUGAACACAAAACUAACACCAAUGGUAUUUUUGACAGAAGAAACGUGGUGGAGGGAGAGAAAGUCACAGCACUGUAUGGAAUCAUGCAUCACUAGAGAAUAUAGAUAGAUAGGGAGAGGGAGAGGGAGAGAGAGAGAGAGAGAGAGGGAAAGGAAAAGUGUGUGUGUGUGUGUGUGUGUGUGAGAAAGAGAGAAAGUGGAGUCUUUUGACUGAGCCUAGCCGGCAAAAGCCGUCUAAGGUUGUUGUCUGGUUGAUGAUAAUGUUCUUUUUAAUGUCUGAAUACGCGUUGAACUUUCAGACAUACCCCCCACCACACUUUUUUCUUGUUAAGCCUCUGAUCCAUUUUUACCCUUAAUCCCAAUCCAAAGGUCCACCUUGUCUUUUUCCUUCAUUAAUUGAUUCCAUUGUUUGUAAAUCAUAAUACUCUGAGUGUUAUAACCUUCAUUCAUCUCAGACUUUUUUUUAUUGCUUAGAUUUCUUCUUUUAUUAUUGAACAAUGAUUACUUUAUGACAGUUAGCGAUUGUUGUUGGAGGGUUCUGAAUUGUGGGUUUGAUUCAAGCUCAGAGCUUUUGAAUUGGGUGGGGGUGGAAUAUUUCAGUGUUGGAUUUUUGGUAUCUGAUUUUGAAUUGGGUUUGCGUCGAUGAAGGAAAGUUUUCGUCUUUACUUUUGAAUAGGGAGAAAAGAAGGUACUGUGUAGUGGGUGACUUAAUUUUUAUGAGUUUUGGUGGAGUUGUUGGAAGAAGUGGUGCUGGUGGAUGGCGAUCCUACUUUUUGAAGGAUAAUAAUUUUGUGAAGUUGAUGUGAUAUCGUUGUGCUUCAACAUGGGUUGCUUAUGCUCUAAGAGUGCAGCUGUUGAGGACAGCAAGGUAGGGGUCACUAAGAAAUUGCAAACGUAUAGCACAAGGCCUUCAGAGUUGAAUGUUUUGCGGUUGAAUUCGACUAGGAGGGUUGAUGAAGGUGGGGCUAAAGAUGUGAUAACAGACAGUGCUCAUGUAAAAGGUUCAUUGAGUGACAAGAAGGCCAAUGGUUCAGGGCAGUUGUAUUUUGAUCAUGAUGGGAAGAAGAAAACAGAGAAGCCUGAAGUGACUGUUGUGGAUCAUAUUGGCCCUGGAAGAAUUCCAAAGGCUAUAGAAGGAGAGCAAGUUGCAGCUGGAUGGCCAGCAUGGCUUUCUUCUGUUGCUGGUGAAGCUAUUAAGGGAUGGAUACCUCGGAGAGCGAAUAAUUUUGAGAAGUUGGACAAAAUUGGACAAGGAACUUAUAGUACUGUUUAUAAGGCAAGGGAUGUGAUUAACCGCAAGUUUGUUGCAUUGAAAAAAGUACGCUUUGACAAUCUUGAUCCUGAGAGUGUGAAGUUUAUGGCAAGGGAAAUCCAUGUUCUGCGUAGGCUUGACCAUCCAAACAUUAUAAAAUUGGAGGGCUUGGUAACAUCUCAUAUGUCUCGCAGCUUGUACCUUGUUUUUGAGUAUAUGGAGCAUGAUCUUACAGGACUUGCAUCAAAUCCUGAAAUCAAGUUCUCUGAAGCACAGCUAAAAUGCUACAUGCAGCAACUUUUUAGUGGAUUGGAUCAUUGUCAUAGUCAUGGUGUGCUCCACCGUGACAUAAAGGGCUCAAAUCUUCUCAUUGACAAUAAUGGAAUCUUAAAAAUAGCUGAUUUUGGUUUGGCAAGUUUUUUUGACCCCCACCACAGUGUUCCACUGACAAGCCGAGUAGUAACUCUAUGGUAUAGACCACCAGAACUUUUACUUGGAGCAAAUCAUUAUGGGGUUGCAGUGGAUUUAUGGAGCACUGGUUGCAUACUGGGUGAAUUAUAUACUGGAAGGCCCAUUUUACCAGGAAAAACAGAGGUUGAGCAAUUGCAUCGAAUUUUUAAGCUCUGCGGCUCACCAUCUGAUGAGUAUUGGCUUAAAUUGCGGCUGUCACAUUCAACAGUAUUCCGGCCACCACACCAUUAUAGACGAUGUGUUGCUGAGACAUUUAAGGACUAUCCAUCUACUGCUGUAAAGCUUAUAGAAACCCUGCUUUCAGUAGAGCCGGCACAACGAGGAACUGCAGCAGCUGCUCUGAAAAGUGAGUUCUUUACAUCAGAGCCUGUGCCUUGUGAUCCAUCAAGUUUACCAAAAUAUGCUCCCAGCAAGGAAAUUGAUGCUAAGUUACGAGAUGAAGCCAGAAGGCAAGGAGCUGGUGGAGGUAGGGACCAAAAAGUUGCCUUGGGAGUUAGACAAGAAAAAGGGCAUAGGACCAGUGUCACAGUAAAAGACAAUGCCGACCCAGCUGUAUCAGUACAGCAAGGACGUUAUUCCAGCUCAAAGAACCGAAGUGAAUUAUACAACCCUCAUAGGGGAGCAGUGUCUGGGAUUCUGGUUUUCCCUCACAAACAGUCAGAAGAUGUUAAAGCAAUGGAAAAUAGUUUCUCUGGGCAUAUAUAUAAGAAGCCAUCACAUUCAGGCCCAUUGGUUCCUGGUUCUGUUUGGGCAAAAGGUGCAAAGGAAGUUGAUGAUGUACCUCCUACUUCAAUCAGAGGGAAUCUAUCAAAACUAUCUGGGCUAGUGGCAUCUAGGACAUUGCUGCCAGAAGAUCAGCAGGACAAACCAGUUCACUUGCACCACAGAAAACCAAGUGAAGUAAGAAAAUCAAUGGAGUCAACUACUGGAUCAGAGUCCAGAAGAAGACAGGAACAAAAACGGAUUGUUGAUCACAAUCAAAUCGAAAGCAGAAGGGUCCCCACCGAAAAAUCAACCCCGGGUGGGAGGGAGUCGAUGGGAAACAACAAGAUAUACCUCUCAGGACCAUUAAUGGUGUCAUCAAGCAACAUGGAUCUGAUGCUGAAAGAGCAUGAUCGAAAGAUCCAAGAGUUUUCAAGACGAGCAAGAAUUGACAAGUCAAGAGCAAGAGGUGAGAAAGUUCGUGCACAGCGGAAGUGGUGACAUUACAUUACUAUUUCUGUUUGUUCAACCAACCACUUACAUAUUUUUAUGACAACAUUUAUUUAUCACAAGUCUGAGGAGAGGAAGAAAGUGCAUUCAAUUUACUGUAGUAUAUAUAUAUAUAUAUAUAUACAUAAAUAUAAUAUCAUGUAAAUUGCAGGCUUCAUAAGAAGAGAUUACUCUUUCUUCAACUCUUCAUGCUUCACCCUUAGAUAAUAUAUAUAUAUAUAUAAGCAAUUCAUUUCAUUCA